CAUCGGUUUGGCCUACAGUGACGUCACUCAAACAGGCGGGAGAUGCGAGUACCAGGAAAUAAGUCGCUUUUUAUUUGUUUAUGUUAACACUGGGCGUACUUUUUGAAAACCGAAAAAACUUCGAGCAUUUGAUUUUACAGUCAUGGAUUCAUCUUUCGAGGCGCCAACAAACGACUGGAAAAACACUAAAGAGGCGCUUGCCGACUUUCGACGUCUGCUUCUUUGUUCGAAAUGCUCGCAGUUACUGAGGGAUCCUGUUUGUCUCGGGACAUGUGAGCAUAUGCUAUGCAGGUCGUGUGCAGGCCCACGGGCAGGUGAUGGCUGUGUGGUUUGUCACAGCCCUUCCUGGGUGAAAGACAUCAAAAUUAACAGGCAGCUCAGCAGUGUCAUACCACUCUUCUGUGACUUGGAGUCCAUGUUGUACCCCGAAAAACAGGCAGAUUCCUCUGAGGUAAUGCUGCCACAAAAUGAGGGCACUAUCUUUCAACGCAAGAGGAACUUCAAGAUCUGGCUCAGCCCUCGUAGCCGUAAAAUGCGUUGCACGGUGCAAGAAAAUCCAAAAGUCUUCAUACCUGAAAGCAAGUCUUUAGAAAAAGUGUCUGAAGCACAGCCUGGCCCUUCAACGGCCAAAGUCAGUGACCUGACAGUUUUCAACUUCACCUCAUCCUCUCAAGACUCUGGCUCCUCUUCUCCAAAAUCCGACACUAAAAAACAGAAGAGGAAAAAUGAGAAAAACAUUGGCGGCAGAAAGAAAACAAAGCGAAGAGCUUCGAGAAAACAGAGUCGACAGACAGUGAAGAAGAAGCUCGACGCGAUAAACAAGCAAUGGAGGAUUAUCGACGAUCAAAAUACCGUCGCCGAAUCAGAGCAGCUUGGUGUAGAUGUUGAAAGGACGUCUAACAAAAAGGUUUCCUUCGUUAGCCCCGAUGGAGUAUCUUACAUGAAUGCCCUUGAACCUGUGUCUAGCAGUAACACCUUGAGAGACGGAUUCGCAGAAGGUGCUGUCACAGAACCUGAGAGCCCAACCCAGCUUUGUCAGAAUGAAUCCGACGGUCUCUGUGACACACUGCGCGCCUCUGACUCCACUCCACAAAAGAUGCCUCGAAAACAGGCCGACCUUUCUUCCCCGGAGCGUUCCUCAAAACGCCAAAGACUGGAGGGAGAGGUUGCCACCCUGGAGACCACGCCAAAAAGGCCAACAACCUCUCCGGGCUGCUGCCGAAAGUCAUUGAGUCACUUGUCUCCUGCUGCUAUUCAUUCUCCGUCUUUGCCCGACCCGCGGUGUAAAAAGACACCCCGAAAACAUGGAGGAGAGAGUCCCUCGGUUCCAUGUACGACGAGUCGGAAAUCCCCCUCAUCUCGUGCUUCGAUGGGACACUCCAGCCCAGGCACCCCAACAGUCAUGAAGAAGAACCACAAAGGAGAAACCCCGCUGCAUUUAGCCGCUAUAAAGGGGGAUGUAGAGGGCGUCAAGGGACUGCUGGACCAGGGAGCCGAUCCCAACCUCAAGGAUAACGCAGGAUGGACACCUCUGCACGAGGCGUGUAACCUGGGCCAUCUGGUCGUCGUGGAGGCGCUCUUAUCGAGAGGGGCCCUGUUGAACACUCCCGGCUAUGAAAAUGACUCUCCGCUUCAUGACGCUGUGCGAAACGGGCACUUAGCCGUUGUCAAAUUGCUGCUGCGUUUUGGCGCCUCGCAGAGUGUGCUUAAUCUUCACGGCAAGCGGCCUGCAGACUACGCUGAAAGUCGGGAGAUGCUGGAGGUGUUCCGGGAGGUGUCUGAGGGAGCCCAAAAUGCCAGCGCAUCUUUGAACAGCCCGGCCAGUCUCUCUGUUGUGGACAAUUGUGCAAAGCCAGAAGAAACGCUUUUGUUUCUGUCAAGCAAGCUGUCGCAAACAGAGCAGCAUCAGUUCGCGAAGCUGAGUCGCCUUUUGGAUGGAAGGAUCGCAGAUGCCUUUACUUCUUCAGUGAGCCACGUUGUGGUGCCUGAAGGACCGAUGCCGAGCACUUACUCCGCUCUACUGGGACUUCUUGCAGGCUGCUGGAUUGUAAAAUACAGUUGGGUGGAGGCAUGUCUGCAGGCGGGCAAGCGGAUGCCAGAAAGCGAGCACGAAGCGGGCGAAGGCGCCCAACGGAGUCGCGUCAACCGACUCAGCUUGCUCCCGCCGCUGUUCGACGGCUGCUUCUUCUUCCUCUUGGGCUCUUUUAAGUCGCCCAGAAAAGAUGAGCUGGCCAAGCUGCUCCGCGACGGAGGAGGUCAGCUGCUGAGUCGGCGACCCAAACCCGACAGCGAUGUCACUCAAACCCUCAGCGCUGCCGCCUACCACGCUUUGCCGGGAUCCGACCAGGCCCUCUGCACUCAGUACAUCAUCUUUGACCGCCAGGGUCCUCACAGGCCCGCGGUGGUUCGGAGGGGCAAAGUGUGGUCUGCCCCUUCCACCUGGAUCAUCGACUGUAUCACAUCUUUCCGACUUCUCCCUGUACCAAACCUUUAAUCGCCGUCAGGAGUUUUGACACCGGCUUUUGCCUCUCCUGUUGGUCGUUUCAUUCAUGCCUUUUGAAUGUCUGUUGAAACGAAAUGAUCCACUAUUAAUCAUGGAGUUCUGAAAGGAAGAGUAAAUGAUGUUUGAUUUCAUGCAAUCAAAACAUAAGUCUGCCCUUGAAAGUGUGGGAACCAACACACUGUUGAGUCGACGUGAGAGGUAAAUAUUCCCUCCGCUCAUUUUCACAAUAUCACACUAAAUGGGCAGGUGUGAGUAGAUGAAAAAAAUGUGCUUGCAGACCUCUGUUGAUCACAAAUCAGGAUUUGUGCUUGUGAAUAUUGAACAGGCUGAACACGUAUGACUUGAUUUUCCAAGAUGCCCUCACACGACAAUAAAUGCCUCACGAUCCUCUUUUAGAGACAUCUGACAAUCUGUGCUCACAGUAGGCCUGAUUAUCAACGUGUAUUUUCUGUGCUCUGCUCGAAGAAAUUGACUUCGAGCUCAUUUUAGCUGACAAAACAAAUUGAAAGGCUUUUUGACUACCAGGAGCUACGCCUGCAUUUAUGACGUGGCUUUUUUUUUUUUUUUUUUAAUGAGUUUAUUAUUUUUUUGACAGGUACAGGACAGUAUGGGGCAGAGAUCAAUUUAAAAACAAACCAACAGCACCAUACAGAAUGGAGGUCGUGGAGAGGUCAAUUGUGGGGAGUCGGCAGUUUUGGAGGUUGAGUUGUUUCCGCUAAAGGUGGAUUUGGUUCAUGGAAAUUGUGGAUGUCAGAGGUCUCCGCUAUAGAGACAUAUUUUCUGUUGUAGAAGGUUGUGGCUAUUAAGAAUUCUCGUAGCCCGAAGAUUCUAAACAGAUGUUGACCUCAAGUGUAUUUUGUUGGUUUUGUCAUCACAAAAUAUGCAACGCAUUCCUUGUGUCUGUCUUGCAAACUGAACAGUAGCUUUGAGCAACUCCUGAUUUAACCAGGAAAAGAUAAUGAAAAAUCUUUUUCAAAAUGCAAGUGCAAAGUCUCUGAGUGUGCUUUGUUACCCUAAAUUGGAUGUUAUAAAAAUGCAGAUGAACUGCUGCGGCAACGCAUGAGGAGAAUAAACAAUCGUUUUGUUAGAA